AUGCCACGAAAAAGGAAAACUGGUGGGAGUCCUUCUCGGAGGAAUGACAAUCCUGACGGAACUGCUGUUGCUGCAUCCCAAGGGGACCCACACCGCUCAGCGUUACAAGCAGCCUACAGUGUCAAUAAGGAGGAGCUCUUCAACAGCAUGUCAGAGAUGUUUUCUGACCUAGAUCCCAGUGUGGUGUACAUGGUUCUGUCUGAAUGUGAUUUUAAAGUAGAAAAUUCUAUGGAUUAUCUGCUAGAGCUGUCCACCCAUGCCAAAGGAGCAGCAUCUUCCAAAACUUUGAGUUUUGAUUCAGUAGCAUCAUCAAUAGCUUUCGUUAAUCAGCAAAGAUUUGUUGCAAAUGAAAGAAUGGGGGAAAGUGCUGCAAACCAAAGCAAUUCUGAAGAAGGAAAAGAAAAGGUCCUGUCACCUGAUGAGCAGCUGACUGAGGAACUGGAUUCCUUAAUAGAAGAUGCCUUUCAGAGAUGCAGCUUGAGUGAUGAAUUGCUUAAUUCUGCAAAUGACCAAAUAGUACACGAGCAGUCUGUGGAACACCAUGGCUUUAAUGAAUUUCCUGAGUGGGAAAUAGCUGAUUCAGGUUGCAAUGUCCUAUGUUUCCCACAGCAAACACAGACAAAUAAUGAAGUUUUGGAAAACAACUGUUCUCAGCUGCCAGUGAGUCAGCUGAACAUCCAGAAAAGCUCACCAUCUGCAUCAGGUUCUUCUGCACAGGUACUGGUGGAAGAUACUGAUGUCUCAGAAACACAUGCUCAGCAUGAUGUAGCUUCAGAAGUCUAUGAACAAUUGAAUGGAGAAGUAGCAUGUGGAAAUUCUGAUCAGACACAAGAUACUGUUUUGGAUCAAAAAAAUGUGAUUGCUGCUCCUAGUGAGUCCUCCCAAAGACCUCUGGAGCAUGGAGUAGCUGUCACUGGAAAUCCUAAUUCAAGGUGCCUGCAACAGCAUCAAGAAGUAGUGACUGCCUUCAGCAACCAGAGCACUUCUCUUCCAGAGGCAUAUGUUUCUCUCAAAACAUCCAGUUUCAUAACACCAAAACCUGCAGAUUUUCAACAAACUCAGCAGAGUUAUAACUUAAAUUCUUCUGUGCCAUCAUGUCAACCUCAACAACACUGGAAUCUCAUGGCUCCCGUGUUUUAUCCUUCUACUGAAAGUCCCACCUUUGUAACUCCUGUGGCUGUCGGUCCAGGGCAGUGGAGGAGACCUGUUUCAGGCUGUAGGACUUUGGAAAAAGGACUUUAUUUUUCCUCUCCAGUGGUUUCAAAUGCCUGGGAUAGCAACCCUUCUCAGAAGGUAUGGGGAAAUCAAGAUAGAAACUCAAAACUGAACCUCUCGCAAGCACAGCAGCCACCUGUUUGUCACAUGAUGAGAAAAAAGAUGCACCUUAUAGGUCAAGUACUUGUUCUUCUCAGAGGUGUUCCAGGAUCAGGAAAAUCAUAUUUGGCAAGGACUUUGCUUGAGGAUAACCCAGAUGGAAUCAUUCUUAGUACUGAUGAUUACUUUUGUAAAAAUGGGCAAUACCAUUAUGAUCCGGAUUGCUUAGGGGAAGCACAUGACUGGAACAGGAAACGAGCCAAAGAAGCGUUUGAAAUGAGAAUCUCUCCUAUAAUAAUAGACAACACAAACAUACAAGCAUGGGAGAUGAAGCCUUAUGUUACUUUGGCUCAGCAGUUCAAAUACGAAGUCAUGUUCCGAGAACCAGACACUUGGUGGAAGUUUAAACCAAAAGAACUUGAAAGGCGAAACAUCCAUGGUGUAUCUAAAGAAAAGAUCAAACGAAUGUUGGAGCGCUAUGAACGCUGCCUUUCUGUUAGUUCAAUACUGAAUUCUUCAGUUCCAGACAAAUCAGAAGCUGCUGGCUGCAAUGAAGAUCCUGCUCAGGAGGAAAGCCAUAGAAAGAGAGAGGCACAUUCUGAUGUAAAAGAAGAAAAUCCUUCUGCUUCUGAUGUGGAGCCUCUUGAAUUAGCUGAUGAUAAAACUUUUCCCAGUACUUCUCUAACAUUAGAAAGUAACUGUGAUCCUGAACAUUUUCAGAAAGAGGAAAAAGAACUGGAAAAUAACUCUGUGGAACAUAGUUCUGAGAACAGCACUGUUCAAGGUAGCUUGGAUUCUUACAGUGUAGAAAAAGAGCUGCCCUUGAAGGAGAAAGAAGAAAAGGGAGAAAUAACAGAAAAAACCACUGAAACAGAAAUGGAUGAGGUUGAUGUGACUACCACUGAAGAGGCUGUGUCCCUGCAUAGAGGAGGAAUUGAGGAACAGAGUGAUAAUAUUCUCAGAGUUCAAACUGAAAUUGAACUGUCUGGUGAACUUUGUAUGGAAUCAAGCAGUUCAGCUUCAGACACAUCAGGAAAACCAGAACUACUGAACUUCCUGGGUGACUGGCCAGUAGAGCAAACAAUGGGACAAAGAGUCAAAAGAGCUAGAAGGCUAGAAAAAUCUCGGAACAGCGAUAAGGAAGGUAAAACUCCCACUCAGCAGCAUCCUGAGUUAGGUGAAGUGCAAGUGGGCCUGACUGAGACCUGUAUUGUUGGAAAAGGACAUGAGGAAGAAAAUCUACCCUCUAGCUGUUCCUCUGCAAAUGCAAAUAAAGCUAUGUCAGAACUGCAAAUGAUAGAACAUUGGCCUGUGUCAGACUCAUUAGAACAGAGACAGCAAAAGUCAAGGAGAAUGAGAAAGACAAGUGCAAGUCAGUCUGAUGAAGGAAAAAAUGGUGAAGGUGACAUUGGUAGAAAUACUCUUGAGACUGUAGAUGUGCUUCAUGGGACACCUGAGAUGACUGCAGAGCCAGCCAAUACAGAAAGUUUGCAUAUCAUAACACAUAUGCCCCAACCUGAAACAGUAGCCAGUGAAACAGUAGGAGAGAAGAAAACCCAGCAAAAUAAGAGAAUGAGGAAACAUCACAAGUUAGCCCUCACUUUUGCAAACAAUUUGUCCUAUCCCAAAGAAGAGGAACACUUGUCUGUGCUUAACUCAGCAGAAGACAAACAGGACAUGAGUUCAUGCAGACAAAAAAAUAGCUGUUCACAGACUGAAUCACAGGACUUUGCUCUCCUCUGGAGACUGGAAAAGAAAAUGCUUUUUCCUGAGACUACCAAAGUAUUGCAUGGCAGACUAGAUGGCUUCAAACCCAAAGAUGUAGGUAAUGCCUCAGAUUCUCAGGAAAAAAUACCCUAUCGAGUUACGUAUGAUAAAAGCACAUUUGUGGAAGAAAAUGAGCUUAUCAAUAUUGAUGAGUCUGAAAAGCUCAAUAUGCUCUGUAAGCUCUUCGAGUCCGUUUCAUUUGAAGCUCUGAAAGAUCUGUAUGAAAGGUGUAACAAAGACAUAGACUGGGCCACAGGUCUGCUGUUAGACUCUGAUGAGAAGUUAUGCAAAGAUGUUGAUAUUGAAUACUUUCAAUUAAAAGAAGCUGAGCCAGUAGGUGCAAACCUUGAUUUCAAGACAAGCACAAACUGUGUUGAGAAUCUCAAAGACCACAAGCAAGCACUGCAAAUAAUUGGGGCUGGUGAUGUCUCUGAGCCUUCUGAAGACAAGGACUCAUCAAUCAGCCUUGCAGAAAGUAGGGCUACCAAGGCAACUGUGAUGGAUGCUCAUGUGUCUGAGUGGUUGACUGCUGCCUCCUUGAAUGAAUCAGCAGAACCACUGAUUUCUGGAGAUACAGGCCCUAUUGCUGAUGCAGGCAGCUCAGCAGCUGGUAUCAACGAGCUAUCUGUUCCAGGGAACCAGAGGAUAGAGUCUGAGAGCCCUGUUGAAGAAACUGUAAAUCAGCCAUCAGUCUCACAACUUGAUGCAGGUUUCUGUAUACCCAUGACUUUCCCUCACAGUCCAAACACAACUUCUGCUGAUUUGAAACAUGAAUUAAACAAUGAAAGUGAUCAUAACCCUUCAGAAAGCAGUGCAGGGGAUCCCACAGUGACUGCUUCCUUGCUAGGAAUGGAUCAUACAUCUUUGGUUGGUCCUGGGAGUGAUAAAGAACUGGAGAUGCCUAAAGACAUGCAAGGGAAUUCUGGGGAGAUACGUGGAAAAGAAGAAAUUGGAGCUCAAAGCUGGGGUGAAGCUAAAGCCAAAAUACAAACCCCUAAACCAGCAUCACAUGCAGCCUUCAGUAUAGAUUGCCUAGAACUAACAUUGCCUCCUGAACUGGCACUGCAGCUGAAAGAAAUAUUUGGGCCUGUUGGUGUUGAUGCAGGAUCACUAACUAUUGAAGAUUGUGUGGUUCACAUUGAUCUGAAUUUGGCAAAAAUGAUUCAUGAAAAAUGGAAGGAAUCUAUUCUGAAGCGCCAGAGGAGAGAUGAAUCAUGUAAGUCAUCUGCAGAAGGUCCUGCUGUGAUUCAGCAAAUAGAUACAGAUGACUCAGAAAUGCUGUUAUCUCAGAAAGCAGACAGUAAAAUACAGAAGCAAAACGUGGGCUGGGUUUCAGGCUCAUCUAAUGACAUGCAGACUGAAAAACCAGCAACAUCACAUGUUUUUCCUUUUAUGGACCACUGGAAUGCGCAGAUUCAGAAAGUUUCUCUGAGACAAAUAAUUUCUGAAGAAAUAGCUAUGCAGGAGAAACAGGACCUGAAUCGUGUGCCUUCUCUGGCUAGAAAAGACUGUGCUGCUAAACUAAAGGAGAAGCAGCUUUUUGAGAUGUUUCCAACUAUUAAUCAAAGUUUCUUGAUGGAUAUCUUCAAGGACAACAACUAUUCCUUAGAACAAACUGAACAAUUUCUGAACUGUGUUCUGGAGGCAGAUCCUGUAAAAACAGUUAUAGCACAAGAAAGUGUUCAGCAAAAUGAAAUUGGUUCUUCUUACAGUGCUGCAAGGAGCCGGGAGAAGAAGGCAAAAAAAAGCAAGGAAGAGGAUGAUCCUUUGAGUGAAGUAUUCCAAGAUUUUGAGUAUCCACAGUAUGAAGAUUUAAGAGCAGAAGCUUUUUGUCACCAGCGAAAGAGACAGGAGUGUUUGAAAAAGGCUGGGGAAGCCUAUCGCAUGGGUAUGAAGCCUGUGGCAGCAUUUUAUGCACAUCAGGGUCACCUUCACGAGCAGAAGAUGAAAGAAGCCAACCAUGCUGCUGCUGUGCAAAUCUUUGAGAAAGUAAAUACUGCCUUGCUGCCUAUGAAUGUGUUGGAUCUGCAUGGUCUCCAUGUGGAUGAAGCUGUGAAUCAGUUGUCCAGAGUGCUGCAGGAAAAAAAUGAAGAGUACCAGCAGGCUGGUGGUAAACCCUAUCUGUGUGUCAUCACGGGAAGAGGAAGCCAUAGUCAGGGAGGAGUUGCUCGCAUCAGACCAGCAGCUAUCAGAUACCUCACAAGCCACAACUUCAGGUUCACAGAAAUAAAGCCAGGCUGCCUGAAAGUCAUGUUGAAUUGA